UCGUUUAUCAAAAAAGCAUUAUCGAAUGAUUCCCACAUGGCCUCGCCAAGCAGAAAAAAUAUUACACUUGCACUGAUUGGUAGGGUUGGUAAUGGCAAAAGUGCUUGUGGGAAUUCUAUUUUAGGAAAGGUGGUUUUUCCAACCAGUGACAAUAGUAAAUCAUGUACCCAUGAGGUAGCAGUUGAGUUGAAAACACGAAUAGAUUGUGAGGUUAAGGUCGUUGACACUCCAGGUUUUAUGGAUCGUGAUGCUGUCCAGGAUCGAGAAAACACUGUAAUCCGGAUACCGGAAUUAAUGAGAAUCUGCCCCGAAGGAGUACAUGCCUUUUGUUUGGUUUUAAAAUACGGGGCUGUAGAUAUUGACAAAGACAAAGAAGCUGUGAAGAAAGUUAAAUAUAUUUUCGGUGAAAACGUUCUUCGAGAUUAUGGUAUUAUUAUAAUGACUCAAGGGGAUAACUUUGAUCUAAAUAACGAAAGAGAAGAAGAAGGAGUUGUUCCGUUUCAACUCUGGUGUAAAAAACAGAUUUACUAAAAACAUUAAUACAAGAGUGUAGUAAUAGAGUUGUGCUUUUCUAUAACAGGGGCGUACCCUAUGAUAUCAAAAAGGAACAGGCAGUGAAACAGUUACUAGGCUUUAAAUUACAUGAAAAAGGAGCUUACACAAUCAAAACAUUCGCAGACAAUUUUAAGGAGAAGGGACAAGAAAUUUUAAAACAAGAUCCCCCGAAACUGUGUGGAUGUGUCAGAAAUUAUUUGGACGAAAUGAUAGCUGCUACCUCGCAGUUGAUACACCGUGGAUCCGCGAAUGAGGAAGAUGUGACUAGUUUGAGAAGAUCGAACAAAAUACUUUUAAAUUGCACAUUCGUCCUAAAAGACAAUGAUGUGUUGAUUAGGAAAGUGCAACUCAUACACAGAAAAUUAAUUACAAUAAAUUUGAAUGAGUCGAUCAUAGAACAGUUGACCCCAAUUUUGACAAUUUUAAUGCAUCUUCGAAAUCCUUCGAAGUCUACAAAAUCAAAAGCACUAAAAGCUAGUUUAGUAAUUGGUAUUGUGACACUAAUAGGCCUUCUAUGCUAUAAGAUUUAUAGAUGUAAAAAAGGCUGA